AUGGAGGAUAUAAAUGCCAGAAAGACUCCAGUUGUUCAAGCCCUUGAACAUCAGAAUACUGAAAAGGGCAGUAUAACGGAUAUAGAGAAGCAGCCACAAUAUAAAAAUCAGGCAAAAGUGCGAUCACGACACACAAUCCAUGAAUCGGGAAUCAUGUUACUCUGGAUUGGAGUCAUAAUAUCAGUCCUGAUAUACUGCAGCAAAGCAGCCAGCACUCGCCCUGUGAACAACAGCAAUGACAACGACACCACUAGACGAGCCACCAACAACCCAAAUGACUACACCCAACACGUAAACAUCUGGCUCGGCACUCAAGGCGGCGGAAACGACAAUCCCGCCGUCUCCCGCCCCUUUAGCAUGAUCAAACUCGGUCCUGAUCUUUUCGUCUCUGGAACAGAUGCGUACUCAGGUUACUUGCCGAACGGCGCGUUCUCGGGUUUUAGUCUGAUGCAUGAACAGGGUACGGGUGGUGCGCCCAAAUACGGGACUGUGGCUCAGUUACCGCUUGUCGGUGAUGUGUUGCAGCCAUUAUCUAACCUGACGGUGGGAAGAAAGGGGGCGGAUGAAGGUUCUGUCGGGUAUUAUAGGGCUACGACGAGUCAGGAUGUUGUUGUGGAGUUGGCGGCUGCGAGUAGAGCGGGGAUGUAUCAGUAUACAUUCCCUAGUGAUGGGGAUGAUGAGAAGAACAAUGUUUUGGUGGAUGUAUCGCAUAUUUUGCCUUCGUAUAGAGGCAUGGGGUUGAGUCAGGGGUAUGCCGAGGGAGAGAUUAGGGUUGCUGAAGAUGGGCAUUAUGAGGGAUACGGUGUGUAUAAUAAUGGUUGGAACAGGUCCCCGGAUUGGACCAUUUACUUCUGUGGAUACUUUGACACUGCCCCCGUCAGCAACAAGACAUACACCGCAACCGAUUCGACCGGAAGCAUCGAACAACCCAGUGGACAUGCCCAGUCCAACUCCAGCGCUGUCAGAAUAGGUAGCCUGUUCACCUUCAACUCAACACAAGUCACAUCCCGUGUCGGUAUAUCCUGGCUUUCCACCUCCCAGGCAUGCACAAACCUCCAAAACGAGAUCCCUUCCGGCACAGAAUUCACCAAAGUAGUCAACGACACAAAAUCAAUCUGGAAUGAACAAGUACUAUCCAAAAUCACAACGUCAGCCACAAACUCGACUACACUGGAAUUACUCUAUACAUCGCUUUACUACAUGCAUCUGAUUCCUACGAAUCAAACAGGCGAGAAUCCAGGAUGGACGUCUGAUGAGCCUUAUUAUCAGGAUAUAUUCACAUUUUGGGACCUCUUCCGCUGUGGCACAUCCCUAAUGCAAAUCCUCCAACCAAUCGCCUACGAAGAACAAAUCCGUUCUCUAAUCGACAUCUACCGUCACGAAGGUUACAUGCCCGACGCCCGUUCCUCCAACUACAACGGUCGAACACAAGGUGGCUCAAACGCGGAUAACGUGCUCGCCGACGCAUACGUAAAAGGUGUUCGAGGCAAAAUCAACUGGAUAGACGGCUACGCUGCAAUGGUUAAAAAUGCCGAAAUGCCUCCUCCAAAUACAAUCCCACCCGAUCCACAGGCACCGGAUUCAUCAACCAAGGAGGGUAGAGGCGCAUUACCGGAUUGGAAGGCAUACGGCUUCAUCACUCCCAAAUAUACCCGUGCGGUCUCACGGGCGGUUGAAUACGCAUACAACGAUUUUGGUCUUUAUCAAGUUGCGUUGGGAUUACAACUUACCGCCGACGCAGAGAAAUAUCUGGAUCGAUCGCGGAAUUGGCGUAAUCAUUGGAAUCCAAAUGCUACCUCUUUGGGGUAUUCGGGGUUUGUGGUUCCGAGAGAUUUGACGCAGGGGUUUCAAGAUAUUGAUAUCCUGGCAUCCGGGUAUUGGGGUGAUGCAUGCUACGAAGCUAGUCCGUGGGCAUAUUCGUUUACCGAUGUACACGACGCAGCGCAUAUGAUUAAAUUAAUGGGGGGUGAGAAAUCAUUCGAAGCAAGACUCAACACUACAUUCCAACAAGGCGCGGAUGGGACAUAUAUUUUUGAUCCUACCAAUGAACCAAUGUUCACAAUCCCCUAUUUAUACAACUACAUAAACCGUCCGGACCUCUCAGUUUUGCAUUCGCGUCACAUCGCAAAAACGUACUACAAUACAGGCGUAAAAGGUCUUCCAGGGAAUAGUGAUGCGGGCGCAAUGCAGACCUGGUUGCUUUGGAAUAUGAUUGGCUUGUAUCCUAUAACGGGUCAGACGACGUUUUUGAUUCAUUCACCUUGGUUUGAGUCGAUGAGUAUUGAUCUUGGGGAAGGAAAGAGGUUGAAUGUUACGUCGACCGGGGGUGAUAAUAAUGGUGAUACGGACUACAUUGUGAAGAGCGUUAGGGUUAAUGGGCGUGAGUGGGAGAGGGGGUGGUUGAGUUGGGAUGAUGUCUUUGUAGAUGGGGGAUUGGUUGAGUUUGAGCUGGGUAAGGAGCCUGUACAGUGGGCAAGGGGGGAUGUGCCUCCUAGUCCGGCUUCAUCAUAG